GUUAGGUUCCCUCAUUGAAAGAAAAAGCUCCUACUCGCUGCACCUCUCGAUAUGACCGGGGUCAAUUAAGUAACGGCAUGCAGGUGCUGAGUCACGGUCCUCAACUUACUACGUAACUACUCAGAUAAGCCUGCAACAUUAUCAGCCUGAAGCAUGUCCACGGAUCCCGGGCGCAUAAUGAUAAACCCCUCUCUCAUCUCGGUGGCAUUCCUGUUGACCUGACACCUCCAGGCCACACAUACAAGCAGAUCUCAGCCAGUCUGUAUAAGUUCUAUACAUCAAAAUAGUCAACCGAAAACCAAGAUGGGCUCCAUUGACCCACCCAACCCCGUCUUCCAGAAGUACGGCGUACCGGACUCGGUUGUCCGCCUAGGGAGCAACAGUGCGGGACCGCACCCCUCAUCCUCCACCCGCCCCGUUCACCAUCCAGAAUGGGACAUCCCAUCCGACCGUGGCUAUGUCGUUUCCAACCACUUGAUCAACGAACCACCACCAGACCACAAAGCCUUCAAAAUCAUUAUCCUAGGAGCAGGGGCAGCGGGGAUAGACUUCUUGCACCAUGCGCCCGCCGCCCUUGAAGCCCUGGGCGUUGAGGUUGUCUGUUACGACAAGAAUGCCGAUGUGGGGGGCACAUGGUACGAAAAUCGAUAUCCUGGGUGUGCGUGUGACAUUCCCAGUGUGGCGUAUACGUUUCCUUGGAAGAGCAACCCAGGGUGGACGAGUUACUAUUCCGGUGCCAAGGAGAUAUGGGAGUACAUGAAACAGAUCGUGGAGGAAGAGGGGAUGAUGCGGUACAUUCGCUUGAAAACAGCGGUGACAUCGGCUGUGUGGGAUGAAAAUCGAAGCAAGUGGCUGAUCAAAUUGCGGCGGACUGACCAUGAUGGACAUGCGGAGGAAUGGGAGGAAGAGUGUGAUAUGUUCAUCAAUGGAUGUGGUUUUCUCAAUGCGUGGAAGUGGCCGGAUACACCCGGACUACACUCAUUCCAAGGCAAGCUUUUCCAUACAGCUGCAUACCCGGAGGGAUUGAGCCUGAAGGAUCAGAAGGUGGCCGUCAUCGGGUCGGGUAGCUCUGGUGUGCAAGUCGUGGCUAGCAUCCAAGAUGACGUAUCUCAGCUAUACACCUGGGUAAGAAGCCCUGUGUGGAUCACAGCGGCCUUUGGACAAAGCUUUGCUGGGAAGGACGGCCGCAAUUUUGACUACUCUUCUGAGCAAAAGGAAGAUUUUAGGCUCGACCCGGAGAGGUAUCAUCGGUACAAGAAAGCUGUAGAGAACGAGUUGAAUCAGCGCAUCAAGCUCGCUUUGCGCGAUACGGCAGAGUCCGACGCCGCCAAUGCAUACGCAUACAGCGAAAUGUAUACUAAGCUUCAAUCCAAACCCCAUGUUCGCGAUGUCAUCAUCCCUACCAAUUUCAACGUUGCCUGCCGACGACCCACACCAGGCAAUGGCUUUCUCGAAGCUAUAGCUUCUGAAAAGACAACCGUAUUCACCUCACCAAUCAAAGAUAUCACUCCUCGCGGCUUCAUCGACUCCGCCACAGGAACCGAGCAUGAGGUAGAUGUGAUAAUCUGUGCAACUGGCUUCAACACCUCCUACCAGCCUCGCUUUCCGCUUAUUGGUUUAGACGGGGUCAGUCUAGCAGAUAAGUGGUCUGACACGCCAACAAGCUACCUUGCCAUCGCCGUCGACGGAUUCCCGAAUUACUUCACCUAUUCCGGCCCAUUUGCUCCAGUUGGCCACGGCUCCAUCCUCCCGAUCCUCUCGCAUAUAACACACUACCUCAUCCAAACGAUUCAACGCAUGCGCAAGCAACACAUCCGUCGCCUGAGUCCCAAGCCCGCUGCGGUGGAAGACUUCGUCGAGCAUGCCCAGACUUACCUUCCUCGGACCUGCUGGGCGGAUCCGUGCUCGAGCUGGUUCAAGCAAGGGAGGAAAGAUGGACCGGUGAUAGUGUGGCCCGGUUCGCGCCUGGCAUUCUUUGAAUUGUUGCGGACGCCAACAUUGAGCGACUAUGAUGUUGCGUAUUGGAGCGGCAAUCGGUUCGGAUACCUUGGGUCCGGGUUUGUGGACGUGGAGUUUCCCUCGGGCGAGCACGAUUUAACUUGGUACUUGGAUUGGUAUUCGGGUAAUGAAACAUGGAAGAAGAAGGGUAUGGAGGUUGAGAAGGAUGAGGUGGAUAAGUUCAAAAAGUUAAGUGUGGGAGCCUUGGCUAAUGAAGGAUGAUAUGCCUAGAUGUGUAUCCGAACUGCUGCAGCUGAACUACUGCAAGUAGCAUGCUAUGCUCUAGAAGUUCGCCACCCACCAAAAACAUGCACCUAGUUUACAAUCCACUGUUACUCUAUCGCGACCUAUCUAUUGCUAGAUACAUGAAAG